AUGGCAGGGUCUCUGACACCAGGGGCGAUAAAGGAAAUAUGCGGUGCCAAUUGCUCAAGUGGUUUGAAACCGGUGCUACAGGUUAUAGAUUUAAAGUUGGUGCAGUCGCAGCAAGCCAGUAACACCGAGAGGUACCGGUUGGUUCUUUCCGAUGGUUCCUUUUACCAGCAAGGCAUGCUCGCCACGCAGAUGAAUGACCUGGUUCAUUCCGGAAGGUUGCAGAAAGGUUCCGUUGUUAGACUCGUUCAGUUCAUCUGUAACGAUGUUCAGAACCGCAAGAUUAUUGUCAUCAUUGACCUAGAUGUUGUACUGGAAAAAUGUGAGCUGAUUGGAGAACCUGUCGCAUUGCCAAAGGAUGGAACUGCAGAAUCUGGCAAUGGUCAAUCAGGAGUCACCCCUGGAAAUUCACAACUUUUGAAUAACCGUUCACACUCAGGUGGCGUGACUGGUAGACCGAGUGUGGCUGCAGCAUCUCCAGAUCAACCAAGAGUGAAUCCUCCUGCCAGUAGUGCAUAUUCUAGUAUUUCCAACUCUGGAUCUGGUUAUUCUAGUAAUGCACCUCCUACAUAUCCUAAAGUAGAGCCUGGAGUUAAUUUGUCUAGAUCAGCAUCAUUCAGUGGCUCUUAUGGUGAUCAGAACACUGGUAUUCGUCAUCCCCAAUCUGAGGCUACAAGGCCCUUACAAAACUCUUAUGCUCGUCCUCCUCAGCCUAUGUAUCGGCAGCCAUCUCCAAUGUACACUAACAGAGGGCCGAUUGGAAGAAAUGAAGCUCCCCCCAGGAUAAUUCCAAUAGCGGCAUUGAAUCCUUAUCAGAAUAUGUGGACGAUUAAAGCCAGGGUAACAGCUAAGGGAGAACUCAGGCACUAUAACAAUGCUCGUGGUGAUGGCAAGGUGUUUUCUUUUGACCUUCUGGAUUCUGAUGGUGGACAAAUUCGGGCAACUUGCUUUAAUAGUGUGGCUGAUCAGUUCUAUAAUGUAAUUGAAGCUGGUAAGGUAUACCUCGUUUCCAGGGGAAGCGUAAAGCCAGCUCAGAAGAAUUUCAAUCACCUCCCCAAUGAUCAAGAGCUAACCCUUGAUAUGACAUCCACUAUACAGCCAUGCCUUGAUGAUGAUAACACAAUUCCCAAGCAGACUUUUAAUUUUCGCCCCAUUAGCGAAAUUGAAAGUUUGGAAAACAACACCAUUGUGGAUGUGAUUGGUGUGGUGACUUCAAUCAGUCCUACAGCUUCAAUCAUGAGAAAAAAUGGUACUGAAACUCAGAAGAGAACCCUCCAGUUGAAAGACAUGUCUGGCCGAAGUGUAGAGUUAACUUUGUGGGGAAAUUUUUGCAACGUGGAAGGACAAAGACUGCAAAAUAUUUGCGAUGAAGGGACGUUUCCAGUUUUGGCGACAAAAACUGUCAGAAUUAAUGAUUUCAAUGGAAAGUCUGUUGGGACUAUAAUGACUAGCCUGCUGUUUGUAGAGCCUGAUUUUCCAGAGGCUUACACACUGAAAAGAUGGUAUGAAAAUGAAGGGAAGAAUGGCCCAACACUCUCUAUUUCUAGAGAAACAUCCAAUUUUGCAAAGAAUGAAAUUAGGAAGACUAUAUCUCAAAUUAAAGACGAGAAGUUAGGGACUUCAGAAAAGGCUGAUUGGAUAUCUGUCUGUGCAACUCUUUCAUACAUGAAGUUAGAUUACUUUUGUUACCCAGGAUGCCCUAUCAUGAUUGGAGAUAGGCAAUGUAAUAAAAAAGUUACUAAUAAUGCUGAUGGAAAAUGGUUUUGUGACAGGUGUAAUCAAUCUAUUGACGCAUGUGAUUAUAGGUACAUACUGUCAUUCCAGAUAAUGGAUCACACUGGUGUAACAUGGGUUACUGCUUUCCAGGAGAGUGGUGAGGAGAUCAUGGGCAUGCCUGCAAAAGAUUUGUAUUAUCUGAAGUAUGAAGAGCAAGAUGAUGUAAGAUUUGCUGAAAUCAUCCGGAAGAUUCUUUUCACCGAAUAUGUGUUCAAGUUGAAAGUAAAGGAGGAGACAUUCAGUGAUGAACAACGCGUUAAGUCAACAGUAGUAAAAGCAGAAAAGGUAAACUAUGCAUCUAAAUCGAGAGAUAGUUUGGAUUUGAUUGAUAAACUCAUGACUGGGAAAUCGGAAGGUGUUACCACCGUACCCAACUCUUUCUCCAGUAAUAGUGGACUUGGAAGUGUUGAAACUGGACAAGUAAUGUCAUCUGCUUAUAACCCAAUAAACACUAAUAGCAGUAGAUAUUUUGGUAAGCCAGCAAAUCAAGUGAAUCAACAGUAUGGAAACCAACAAGGUAAUUCAGCAGGUGCUCCUGGUGCAUAUACAUCAUGCACCAACUGUGGAGGCUCUGGCCAUACUUCUAUGCUUUGCCCAAAUAUUAGAAAUCUCCCUGGACAGUCUUCAGGAGGGGGCUUUUCAAACAGGGCAUCAUACGGUGCUCCGGGUGGUGGUGCUUCUGGUGAAUGCUUCAAAUGCCAUCAACCUGGCCAUUGGGCAAGAGACUGUCCUGGUUCCAGUGCAGCAACUGGAUCAUAUGGCAGCACUAAUGCAAUGCAGGGAAGAUAUGGUAUUGCUCAAAAGCAACAGUUUGGAGGAUAUUGA